UUCCUUUCCUUUCCUCCUCUUUUUCUUAUUCUUACCUCUCCUUUUCCUUUUAUACAAUAACAUUGAUACACAUCGUAGCUAGACAUCAAUAUCAUUCUUUUUGUGCGAGCUCAUAUCUCAUAGACCUUUAUAUAAACUAUUUUCGAUCAUGAAACAUCAUUCAUUCUUGUACUCUGCUAUUGUUAUCUUACUGUUGACAUCCUUCGUUGCCGGCCAAUUAAAUAUUACUACAACAGAUGCUAAUAGUACUAUUUCAGCUAAUUCUACCAUAACUGGAUCAACGACAUCGUCCACAUCAGUGUUACCAUCAUCGUCGACAAUGUCCGUACCAUCCUCUUCUAUUCCCCCUUCGGCAACUGGUAUUAAUGCAACUACUUCAUCUGUUAUUGCUUUUCCACAACCUACUGUGCAGGGCACAGGAUGGGAUCCUGCCGGAAAUGCUUCAUCACCAACUAAAGAGAGUUGGUUAAAGGAACAUAAUAGAUUUGUGUUUAUCAUAUUCAUCGGUCUUCUCGUUCUUGGAUUAUUGUUAUGGUAUAUCAUCAAAAGCGUGAAAGGGAUGCGUAAGAGAUUAGCAGAAGAAAAUCAAGCUCACUUGUACAUGAUGCAACAAACGUCUGGAGCCAAUAAUAACAAUAACGGCAAUACUGCUACAGUUCGACCUUCUGAUGCUGUCAACCUUGAGAGUGCUACGCCUAUAUCGCCUCCACCUGCUUAUAAAUUUGACGAUCAUCCAAAUAAUUCACAACAACAACAGCCAGGUCAUUCACAAUAUUAACUUAUUUGUAAUAUAUAUUAUUAUUUUAUAUCUUCGUUUAUAUGUAUAAUACAUUAAACCGCUAAUCAUAUAAUACCACUCAAUUUUGUAAAUCUCUUUGUGAUACCUCUGCAAGGGUACAUAUACACGUACACACAGCAUACACAAAGAGAGAGAAAGAGAACGAGAGAG